AUGACUACUGCUGCCAAAAUUUUUACAAAAUUACAACUAAGAGAAACAAAGAACAAACCAAAAGGACGUCGUUUUACAUUAGACGAAAAAUUAUUAAGUUUGUCCUUGUAUAAGCAAAGUCCAAAAUCAUAUAGAUUGCUGUGUAAGAUGUUUGUUCUGCCUUGUAAACGAACACUUUCUACAAUGAUGUCAUUAAUCCCAAUAAGUACUGGGAUAGAUCAGAGAAUGCUGAACGUACUAAAAAUUAAUGUUCAAAAACUUAAACCUCAACACAGGUUUUGCUCAAUUGUUUUUGACGAAGUUAGUAUAAAUCCAAAUUUGAAUUUUAAUAAUAGUGAGGGAAGAAUUUAUGGUUUUGAAGACAAUGGGUCAACACAAACUCAAAAAUUUGCUGAUCAUGGCUUAGUGUUUAUGGUACGUGGAAUUGUCAAAAACUUCAAACAACCUAUUUGUUAUUCAUUUUGUAAAAGUACAACAAAUAGAUAUGAUUUAGCUAAUCAAAUUCGAGAGGUAGUUCGAGCGGUACACUUAACUGGAUUGAAUAUAAUAUCAAGCAUUUGUGAUCAAGGAGCGACCAAUACAGCAGCUAUUAAUAUUCUUAUGAACGACACCAAAGCACGUUAUUUAAGGAAGAAUGAAUCAUUCUAUGGUGAUUUCUAUGAAAUAGAAUGUGAAUCUGAUGUAGUUAAAAUUUUUCACUUGUAUGAUACACCACACCUUUUGAAAGGAAUCCGUAACAAUUUGUUAACAAAAAAUGUAAUAUUUAAUGUUGAUGGUGAAAAAUUAGCUCAAUGGAGUGAUAUAUUGAAGCUAUAUGAAUUGGACAGCAACAUAGAAGAUGUUAAAAUGUUGCCUAGGUUGACUAGACAACAUGUCAUACCUACAGAAAUUCCGAAAAUGAAAGUUAGAAAUGCUGCUCAAGUGUUUAGCCAACGAGUUUCAUCCAUUAUGGCAUUCUUAGCAACUCAAAAUAUUCUUGGAGAUACAGCUGGAGACACUGCAAAAUUUUGUUUAUUUUUUGACAAAUUAUUCGACUCAGUUAAUGGAAACUUUGAUAAAGUAGUUGAUGGAAAGAUUUAUAGAACAGGAGUAAAAAAAAAUUCUCCUUAUCACAAAUUGUGGGAAGAGUCUUUGAAAGUUUUGAGUACCAUGAAAUUUGUGAAUCCUUCUACUAACAAACCAUGUACUCCACAACCACCUACAUUAAAGAAUUGGAUUAAAACUAUUAGAAGUUUUCAAAAUAUAUUCAAAACAUUGAAUGACAACGGUAUUAAGGUAUUGUUGCCAAGGCAUUUGAACCAAGAUGCUUUGGAGAAUUUAUUCGGUGCAAUACGGGCUUUGGGAUAUAGAAAUAAUAAUCCGACAUGCGAAAUGUUUGCCUCAGCAUACAAGACCUUACUCCUCAACAACCUAAUGUCAGCACAUUCUCCAGGUAGUAACUGCGAAGAAGAUUUCUCAGGUGGCUGUUUGACUUCUUACCAAACAUUAUUUGAAAUGUAUACAAACUGUGAAGCAAAUACUAUCGAACAUGAAAUCGAAGAACGAGUCGCUGAUGUUUUGCCAAAAUAG